AUGGAAAUUCACUGCCGUAGCUAUGGUAAAUCGAGUGUUCUGCCUGUGCUGAAUGCAUUAGUCUAAUGAGAUGUUUGCAGCGGCGAGCAGGGCUGUUGGAGACUAGCUGUGAGCAGUAGCACACGGUGGAAGAUAGCGUGUGCAACAUUCGGGUGCACGUGCAGGAUAUUACCUGUCUUCUAAGUCAACACUCCCGACCCGAUCAACACCCUGAUCAGGGCUCUGUGAUCAAGCUGUAGGACUAAUUCCCAGGACCUCUCUUGCCCUUGUGGCUUGCCUCCUCAUUCAGUAAGACUGGCCCCAGCAGAGAUGCAGACUCAGAAGGUCCCAGGAAGGAAGCGUGGCCGGCCCCCACUUCACUCCACGCCGGUGCAGAUGGCAGUCCAUAACCUCUAUUCUGCUUCUGCUGGCUCUGUACCGGCGGUGACAAUCCCAAAGAAGAGAGGACGGAAACCCAGGUACAAGAUCAAGUCUCCAGUGCUCAUGACUCCCUUGGCCCUGUCACCUCCACGGAGUACCCCAGAACCUGACCUCAGCUCCAUCCCUCAGGAUGCAGCCACCAUCCCCAGCUUGGUGGUCCCACAGGCUCUCACAGUGUGCCUCUACAUUAACAAACAGGCCGACGCCGGGCCAUACCUGGAGAGGAGGAAGCUGCAGCAGCUUCCUGAGUGCCUGGGGCCUGAGCGGCCUGCAGCUGUCCUGCAGCAGGCUGUGCAGGCAUGCAUCGACUGUGCGCACCAGCCCAGGCUGGUCUUCUCCCUUGUCAAGCAGGGCUACCGCGGUGAGCUGGUGUCAGUCUCUGCUUCCUUUGACGGAAAACAGCACCUGAGGAGUCUGCCUGUGGUGAACAGUGUGGGCUAUGUCCUCCGCUUCCUGACCAAACUGUGUCGCAGCCUCCUGUGUGACAACCUCUUCAGUCACCUGCCCUACCCGGGGAGCCUAAGUGCCACGGAGAAGACCCAGGAGAGAGAGGACGGGAGGACUGAGUCAGCCCAGGCAGCCACGGCUGAAGAGUGUCUGACAAGCCCUGCGGGAAUGAACCGCUACAGCAUGGACACCGCCUCCACCGCCUUCACCCACAGGGGCUCCUUGACCCACUCCUCCUCACUGUACUACAAGAGGCUGAGCUCUGGAGACAGCCACGCUGGGGGAGGCCCUGCCACUCCCGCCAGUGGUUCCCGUACCAACCCCUUGCCCUCGGGAGGUCCAUCGACACCUGGACUGAGGUUCCCAGCCUCCAGCCCCAAAAGGAAUGAAGUAGAAGGAAACAGAUGUGCCUCGAGCCCCUCUCCAGAGGUGCAGGACACCAGGCGACCAAGCAGCAGAAACCCUUCUACCUGGACUGUGGAGGACGUGGUUCGAUUUGUGAAAGACGCUGACCCUCAGGCCCUGGGGCCUCAUGUGGAACUCUUCAGAAAACAUGAGAUUGACGGCAAUGCCUUGUUGUUGCUGAGGAGCGACAUGAUCAUGAAAUACCUGGGGCUGAAGCUCGGACCGGCGCUGAAACUAUGCUACCACAUCGACAAGCUGAAGCAAGCCAAGUUCUGAAGUUCGCAGAGUUGGCGGCAAAGCCUCAGACCCCAGGGUUAUCCUCUGCCUGACCAGCACCCAGCCACUAUCCCAAGUGGAUUGUCUCCUUAAACCUAAUAGCCACAAAGACUGUCUUUUACCAAAUGCGUGCAUCUCUGCCUUUUCUAACAUUCCAAAUGGCCCCUUUCAAAGACUCAGCUGUGUCACUGAUUUGUCAGAAAGAUCACAGAAAGCCUAUUACACUUAAUGUCCCUGCCAUGCUGGUCACUCUUUAUGGGUGCUAUUUGUGUCAUGACAGAAUGAAUAACUGAAUGCUGUCACCCAAGGGGUGCCCCCACCUGGAGGUGGCUCUCAGAGUCAUGAGAAGGAACUUGCCCUUGGAGGUGGUGCGGGGUUUCCCACUGCAGAGGCCCCUUCUCCCUGUCCUGGGGACGGAUCAGCAUGAGGCCACUGGAGUCAGCUCUGAGGUGACUGCCUCCCAAGGAUGAUUUGCCUCACCUUGCACUAUCUGAAAGCUUGAAGUGUGUUGCUUGCUCAAAGAGAAGCGAGGAAAAGAUGGUUCAGUCUUUAGCUACUAGGUCCUUCACUUGUCCACAGGAGGGCAGACUACUAAUGAGGUUUCAGGAUGCAGGCUGCAGUGGCCAGCUCAUGCAGAGCUCAGUGGCUGGGUCAGGGCUUCCCAAUGUCUGGCUUGCACGGGGAUGGGGAUUGAUUCCACAGUCAGCGCCCCAGAUUGCCACCCGAGAAGAAAUUGUGAUCUGGAGGGUUCCAGUUCAUAUUCACCAUUGACUGACUGACACGGUAAGAAUUUGGAAGCAACUGUCUGCCUAAACAAAGAUUUGGAGUCCCUCCUCUGCCAGACUCUUGCUGUGGGCUGAGAUGCUGGAACACUGCAGAAUCUUGGUGGCGUUUAGCUACGGAUAUCUCUUGAAGAAAAAGAAAGGAAAGAAAACUGUCUCAACAGUGUGUGAAAAGGGAGAGUGCUGAUUUCAAGUUACACGGCUGCAUUCUGGAGCUGAGUCUGUGGCUAAUUUCUCUAGUCUUCAACAAAUACACAGGCGUGUUUUUACUGGGUUUAAUUCAAUUUACAAAUAGGUUUUCACUCUUCACUGUGAAGUAAUAAGAAAAAAUUGAUUUUCUACCCUUUGCAGCUGUGUCCAGAGAGGGAUGGAGCCACAGUUUACUGGGCAGAAGGGGUGACCUCUUUGCUGCUAUUCUUUGUCAAGUCCUUUCUUUUUCCUUGUUUAUUCUGAAUGGAGGACUCAUGGGCACAUGCUCUUCCUUAAAGGUGUGUCUGAGGAGGUGGGGGUCAAGAUAACACGGGGUCUCCAUGGCCACAGUGUGGAUCAGAAACAGCACCUCUCCUUAGAUUGCAGCCCGAGCGAGGUCUCAGCUGGCAAGGGAAGCUGGGGGGGGGGUUGAUCCCUCAGCUCUCAGCCAGAUGUUCUGCUCCAGGACAAGAUGGAUGGAGCUACCUAUGAUAUGGCUCAGCUACAAUUUGGGCAAAGGCCACAGGAAAUACUCCAGGCUGUGCUAUGGGGCCGACUGUGAUGUUCCCCGUUUGAGAAAGCGUGACACGACACUGCAAGAUCUUUGUUUCAUAGACAGCGGUGGUUGGACUCAAAGUAUGACAGAGGAGAAGAGUGUCCCAAAGCUUCCCACUGAAUGAAUCAUGAUCGGUGUCUGAUGAGCUGGGUGCCCGUUAUUGUUAGCAUGUGACAAAAUGACCUCGAAUCCGACCUUGGGGAGUUUCUUUAAGAUCUUAAAAGCAAUGAGCAGACUCUGCCUUGGGAUGUUUGUUAAUGCAAGGUGUUUGCCAUGGCUCUGAAGUUAGAUCACUGUCUCAAAAAGUGUCAGACAAUUCUUAGAAACAGAAUUGCUGGUGUGAAAGUGGCGAGAUCUGGAACGACCGAUCCAUCGCUGGGUCCACUCAAAUGUCUGUGCCCUGCCCCUGCAGACUCGUGGCACCGCUUCCAGGGACACUCAAGCUUUGCAAAUGUCCUGCCUAACCUUACCAGUGCCUCCCUGGUGUCCCCAAGUUAAAUACACCCAAACAAGUCAAACAAGAGAGGCUUAAGGAGCUUUCCAAGGAGAGCGAAGGCCUGUGGGAGGACUGUGUGGGACCACAACUCUCAGUCCGGUGCUGUCUUACUUCACACGAAGCCUUAAAUUAGCUUGAUUGCAGAAUCCCAGACAUUUAAGGUUUGGCUCAAAAUUUUUAAAAAUUCAAGAAACCAAGAAGCAAUUUCAUUAUUCUUGGCACGAAGGCUGCAAUACCCCAGAAGAACCAGUGGAACCAAUUCUUCUUGCCUGUUUUUGCAUGGAAUCUAAUUAGCUGACCAAAUCAUUGUAGCAAUGCUGCAAUUAUAAUUAAUUUUCAUUCCUCUAAAAAAAACCUUGUCAAACAGGGCAGUCAAAUAGCUUCUCAAAUGUAAAACACGCCAGGCCAUUUCCUCUAAACAGACUUUAAAGGUCCAGGCCAUAGGGAUUUCUCUGGCCAGAUGAGAAGGACUUGAACUCACAUUUGCAGAUAGCUCUCUUGCUACUCCAUCUGCAUAGCUUUGCUUCAGGUUGCAGUAAAUAACGAUCAAAUUUUGUGUAAUUCCAAAUUAAAGAGUUUGUGUGCUCCAUGUUCCAAACAUUUCCAAUUACAUUUGUCUGUUAAACACUUGGAAAAAAAUCAAGAGAUAAUUCUGUUGCCUAAAGCAUUUAAAAUGUUUUAUGAAACACAUUAUUCCCUUUGUGAAGAUUUUAGAUAAAAGAUGUGGCCCCUG